AUGACCUCAUCCUCAGUUCAUUUUUAGUUCUAAAGUGCAACCUUCUGUCUUCCUGGAUCCCUUCAGCCCUGUUAAUGCUUAUCUUUGCCAUCCACCCCCCACCCCUAUGCAGGGACAUGCCUGCCCCUUGGCUGCUGGGCUAGCAUGAUGAUUACCUUUCAGUGGGAGUGCAUGCGUGUGUCUGCAAGAGGCUAGAACCUGCAUCAUCAGCACUUGCACCAGCCUUUGCAGGGCUCCUCAUUUGAUCAUCUUGCAGUUGUGCUUAAUUAUCCCGGCGAAUGUGUAGAAAUUUGCAAUCAGCUGGAGAAUUUCAGGAGCUCUGAUUCCCUCCUCUCCUUCCCCGGCUGCAGAGAAAGUGCAGGAGGGUUGAACCGAGAAUUGCUGAGAAAUUCUGUCAGCUCCUGACUUGUGCACACCAUGGAAGGCAGAAGGGGCCAGGUGCUGGCGUGAGAUUCAGGAGACCUGGGUUGUGUUCCCGGCCUUGCCACGGUAAGGUUUGACACAAUGACUUGGCAUCCUGGGCUUUAGCAGCACAGUGAGAACCAAGACGGGUGCUGCCCUGCCUACACCGUCCCCCCCGACUCCCUCUCACCCCUGGGAGAACUGUGCUGGCAUCCCUGCCCCUGGCCUUCCCUCCCUCCCUCCCAUUAGCUGUGGAGGGGACGGGUCCGUUAUGGCCGGGGACAGGCUCCCACGCAAAGUGAUGGACCCAAAGAAGCUGGCCAUCCUUCUGAGAAACGGGGCUGAGGGCACCUUGGUCAUAGACAGCCGCUCCUUCGUAGAGUACAACUCCUGGCACGUCCUCAGCUCUGUCAACAUCUGCUGUUCCAAGCUGGUCAAGCGGCGGCUUCAGCAGGACAAAGUUUCUAUCACGGAGCUUAUCCAGCCCGCCUCCAAGAUGAAGGUGGAGGCGGAAGAGCACCAGGAUGUGGUGGUCUAUGACCAGAGCACCCGGGAUGUGAACGGUUUGGCCGCCGACAGCUUCCUUUCUAUCCUUCUGGGCAAGCUGGACAGCUGCUUCCACAGUGUCUCCAUCCUCACAGGGGGCUUUGCCACCUUCUCCUCUUGCUUCCCAGGCCUCUGUGAGGGGAAGCCAGCUGCCAUCUUGCCAAUGAGUAUCUCCCAGCCAUGCUUGCCAGUAGCCAACGUUGGUCCCACCCGCAUCCUGCCACAUCUCUACUUGGGCUCCCAGAAAGACGUCUUAAACAAGGACCUGAUGACUCAGAACGGGAUAAGCUACGUCCUCAAUGCCAGCAACUCCUGCCCCAAGCCUGACUUCAUCUGUGAUAGUCAUUUCAUGCGCAUUCCUGUCAAUGACAACUACUGUGAGAAGUUGCUUCCCUGGCUGGACAAGUCCAUUGAGUUCAUUGACAAGGCCAAGGUGUCCAGCUGCCAGGUGAUAGUACACUGCUUAGCAGGGAUUUCCCGCUCAGCCACCAUUGCCAUUGCUUAUAUCAUGAAGACUAUGGGCAUGUCUUCAGAUGACGCCUACAGGUUUGUCAAAGACCGACGCCCGUCCAUAUCGCCCAACUUCAACUUCCUGGGCCAGCUCCUGGAGUACGAGAGGAGCCUGAAACUCCUCAAGGCUUUAAAGGCCCAAGGCGAUCGGAGUGAGGGUGAUGCCCCACAAGAUACAGCUGAGGUGCCUGAGAGCAGCAGGCACCCGACACCUACCUCAGACAAGGCCGAGGAGACACCAAAAAGCACAAGCUCAGUGCCCCCGUCCAGUGACCCUGAGAGGCCUGCAGGAGCUCCCAAAAUUGUCUCACCCACAGCACUACAGCAAGGACUCAAUGGCUUGCACCUGUCCUCAGAGCGCAUUCAAGACACCAACCGACUAAAGCGCUCCUUCUCCUUGGACAUCAAGUCGGCCUAUUCCCCUGGCUUGAGGCAGGAUGCCCCAGGCCCUGUCGACACAGGGGAAACCCCCAAGCUUUGCAAGUUGGACAGCCCUUCUGGACCCAAUGGCAUGUGCCAGUUCUCACCCGUGCCUGACAGCCCUGACUGGCCCAGUGGGCCAGACUUCCUUCUGGAGGCCAAGGUGCGGCAGAGGCGAAAGCACAGGCACCAGGCGGGCUCCCCCGCCCAUGGACUGAGCCUCAACUUCAGCGGGAUGUGUACCAUGCACAAAAGCACCAGUGUGGAGGAUAGCCUCAAGCAGACACUACGGCUGAGCCUCCCCAAUACAGGGCAGCAGCCUAUGCAGCCAGCUGCAGCACCGAACUCCACCGGCGGAGGGGGGGUUGGCUCCUGGGGCGUGCACCUAGAGUCACCCAGCACCCCAUCUUCAGAGACCCCCUGGUACUUUGGCACAGACUCAACGGCGAGCAGUGGCAGUGGUGGAGGGAACGCAGCCCUGUUUGCCAGCGCCAGCUCAUACUCCUCAUUCAGCUGCAACACCAUCCAGAGCAGCUGUGAGAUCAGACUGAGAGACAAGCAGAGGGCAGAGCAGAGGGACGGGCGGCACAGCUGGCAUGAGGAUGCCAACACCGAGAAGCAGUUCAAGAGGAGGAGCUGCCAAAUGGAGUUCGAGGAGACCAUGUCAGAGGGCAGGUCCCGGGAAGACCUGGGCAAAAUCGGGAAACAGUCUAGCUUUUCGGGCAGCAUGGAAAUCAUUGAGGUGUCCUGACAUUGAUCCAGGAAGUUGGAAAGCUGGGGCAGGGUGGGAUAUUUAAUGGGGAUAAGGCAAGGUGGGGUGGCAGGGUGGGGGACAGGGAGGGGAGGAGUAUUUAUAUCGGUGUGUGUAUUUUCAGGUGCACACACGCCAAAACAGAAGCAGAGACGAAUGAAUCCAAAGUCAAGAAACAUGAUGGUCCAAGCUUAGUGCCUCUUCCCACUCCUCCCCCCAGCCAUCCCCUCCCUCCCUCCACCCAAGCUACCCCACCCCAGCCACUUUCCCUUUUGGGAGAGAGGAGCUGACAAACCCUUUCCCAUCUGAGUCCUUUGCUCCCACGUGCAGAGAAUGGCUUGCGGGAGUGAUGGGGGAGCUAGCUGACUAUCAGCUGGAAUGAGAUGCAGACUCUUGAUAUCCGAGUAUCCAACAGCUGAAUUCUCAGCUUAAAGUUCAGGGUGGGGAGGGGAACUGCUUUUCUUUUGAGCAGCAGAUAAGCAAUCAAAGAGGGGUGCUGGUCAUUGUGCAGAGCACAGCAAUUUCCUGACCCAUGGGACAGGGCAGAAGCAUCGCUUGUCCCUGCUCCCUUCCCUUUUGUCAGGCUGGGGGGAUGGAAAAUUGGCAGUUCCCUCCCAGGGGUGGAACAGGGAAACCCAUUGGGGAUGUUUGCCCUUCUUUUUUUUCCCCCUCAAUGCACUAAGCAUGUGCCCCUGUGUUUCUCUGGCUAAAUAUGCUAAUAAUGCUGCACAAGAGCGGCCCUAUACAUAUAUAAAUAUAUAUUAUAUAUAAUAUAAAAAACACACACACACAAAGAAAAAAAGUAAAUGGUUUUACUGCAAUUUUUAUUGAGACGUAAAUAAUAUUUCAAUUUUUUUGUUUGUUUUUAAUUUAUUGAAGCUGUUCAUUCUGGCAAUGAUUUGCAGACAAUGUGGGGCGGUACUUUCAGCUCUAUUUUUACUGUGUAUGGUAUUUAAAUCUGAAACACGAGUUUCUAAGCAAUA